AUCAGCGCUCGGUUCCAACAUGUACACGUACCUGAAGUUCGGCCUACCUCGGGUGUUUCCGCCGAAUGGUGUGAGGGGCGGAAGAGACGGCAGCAGCGGCUACGACUCCAGUGAUGAUGGUGGCGGUGGAGGGGGGAACGGUACUGCAGCCAGACCGCGACCCAGAGCUAGACAUGCAAGUCAGCAACAUUUGCACGCCCCACCCGGAUACUAUCUACGCGCCAGGAGUGAUCCUGAUUUCCGGAACACGCCGUACCAUGGGCCAAGCAUGCCCCUGAGACAACAGAUGGGUGGCCCUGGGGGCGGGGGUGGAAUGCCGCCUCCCCCCCACCAGCAGCACCCAGCCGGGGGCCGUGGCAAGAGUGUGAGUGAGGCCAACCUGCUCGCGCCAGAACUGCUGAUGAGGCAUAACGCAGCGCCAUACGAGCACAGGCGCAGUGUACAUGAUCUGCGGGGCGCGAUCGCCUACUCGGAGCUCGGGGGACCACCGCCACAUGUAUUGGUGCAUAAUGCUAGACACGGGGGUCCAGCUUCCGUGGCAGUGGUGGGAACAGGACACCACCACCCGGCAGUGUUGCCGACCCCACGGCAGCACUCGGUGUUGGAUGGCGGAGUGGGGGGUGGUGCCGCCCCCAGCAUGCUCAGUGGCAUGGCACCCCCCUCCUCACGAGCCCACUCUGCCCUCCGCUCUCAUGACGCACCGCCAGGCAUGUCCUUCCAGGUGCAUCGUGGGGAGGCGUUUAGUGGAGCCUAUCCGCAUUUGCAGGUUCGAGGUCUAGAUGUAGACGGCAAGAACAACGAACCUCUGCUCCAGUCGGUUUCGUUCGAAGCCAAAGCUGGAGAAAUCUUAGCAGUCAUGGCAACACAAGUUGACGAAGGUCGUGCCAUUCUGGACAUCCUGUCGGGUACAAGACGGGCGAGAACCAUCCACAUAGUGCUGAACGGACAGAGCAUCAGUCAGCGAGUGCUGAGGAAGAGGGUGGCCUAUGUGAGGAGUGACUGCACCCUGGCGGGGAGUCUUAGUGUGUCGCAGACGCUUGCAUUCUAUUCAAGACUCAGGAGGCCUCCCAGGGGGCCCACCAAAGUAUCUUCCACCGAUCAGAGGAGUGGGCCUGACUCAGGUGCUGGACACAAAAGUGGCAAGCCUGACCGACUCGGAAGCGCAAGACUGAGCUUGGCCUGCCAUCUGGUGCCGACGCCGAAAUUCUGCUUCUGGAUCGCCCCACGCGGUCCAUGGACAUUUUUGACACAUUCUUCCUCGUCGAGUUUCUACGACAGUGGGCUGGAGGUAGCAGUACAG